UCUAAACCAUGGGCGAGGGCGAGCGGCAUGGAAGCCACGACCCCGCCAGACUGGAAACCUUCCUGGAAUGGUCGAAGAUCAGGGCCUUGGACGAACCAGCCAAUGCCAGGCCUGAGCCGGCGGCUUGGUGGAGUUGGUGGAGUUGGUGGAGAGAGACGAGAGGGCGCUGUGGGCGAGGUGGGCCGAAGCUAUGGAAGCCACGACAGCUUCCCCGGCGCCGAAGCAGUGGCAGGACCACGCACGACCACCAGGCCAUCCACUCGUACCCUCGCACCCUCGCACCCGUACGCUCUGUCAUCGCGGACAGAGAGGCCCUUUGUCAGCGUGAAUCGCAUCGGGACCCUGUCGAGUCGUAACACGGCCCCGCUGCGGUGGCCUUCUAGAAAUUGCACGCCCUCGCUCGCAUGUGAAGCCGCUGACAGAAGACGCAGCGUAAGUGGCCGGUGGCGGGCGAGGGGGCGGUCAGAGAGGGCGGGGGUGGAAGGAUGGCAGGGCCUGGGGUUGAGGAUAAGACGGUGUGGUGGUGGUGUAUGUAGGGAAGGGUAGGGCAGUAGUGUAUGUUGUAUGUAAGGUAGAGUAAGUGCAGACUAGUAUAAGAAGAGUAGGCGUAUGUAGGCGUAUGUAGACGGAUACAGAGAUGGGAUAGAGAGAUAGAGUGCAGUCGUUUGUUCCUGCAUCGUUCCUGCAGUAGACGCGCCUCUGGAUCAAUCAGCUGUGCGGCC